GUGAACGUAGUCGAAUUUCGGACCGACCUGAAAUUCGUUGUAAUCCAAACACUGAGCGAGUAAAUAUUGAACGUAGUGAAUUUAAAAGUGGUAUGGGGUAAUUAGGAAGCGAAAAGAAGAAACAUAGGAACUAAAACAAGUUUUUUUGAAAAAGAUAAAUGUUUACAAUGGUCGAUUGUAGCAGAUUUAGAAAGAGAAGAGGAAGAUUAUAGCAAACAUAACCUCCUCUCUCUCAACCUGAGAUAGAAAGUCACAAACAGAACUUUAUAUUUUGUUUAGUUGGAACAAUGAUGAAUAAUCUAAUAGAUGCACAUUGGUUUCCGUUAGCAUCGCAAGGAAAUAUUUAUUCGAUGACCAAACUGUGCUCUCCUAAUGGUGCUAAUAAACUGUUGGUGGCGUCUUUAAAAAGAAAAAUAUAUUCCUGCGAGUAUCAUUUAAUGCUAGAUUUGAACCUGAGGCCUAUGGUGAAGGAACUGCUCUUUACGUACAUUCCUAGUGGUGCAGAAAUUAUUUCUAUCGAUGCUUAUAAUAAGUCAGAUACUACAGAUAGUUUUGUAAUAGGAAUAACAAUUAUUAAAACUGGUGCAGAUACAAUUGAAAGAUAUUUGAAUAUAUAUACAGAAGGUGCAGUAGAUGGUGAAGGAGAUGAAGGUACUUCAAUUGAAGCUAUAGCUCAAAACUGUCUUAUGGUUGAACUAUCUUAUACUCCUUACCAUUUAUAUCAUACUAUUUUACCACAACAAAAUUCUGCACAUGAGGUGGUCUGGUUGAUAUCUGGUAGUGAUUAUAAAAUACAUAUGAUAAGAGAAGAUAAGUUGAGCCAUGGUUAUAGUGAAUCCUCCAUUGAAAAGUAUUUUCCUGAACUACAUGACAUUCAAGCUAUUGUUUUAUGGAUUAAUAUUUAUUAUUACAAUAAUUACAAGUGGAGAGUUACUGCUGUUGGCUGUGAAUGUGGUCUAGUCAAAGUUGCUAUAGUAAAUGUGAUAGAUCUACAAGUUUCUCAAAGUUGGUUGCUAAGAUAUGAUCAACCUGUGCCCAAUGUGACAGUAUUCCCACAUCAGAAUGCUGUUGUUAAACCAUCCUUUAUAGAUACUAAUCUUUUAGAAGAAUGUAUCAAGCAAAAUAUGCCAAAACUAAAUAUCGUUGUUUCAAGUACAAGUCAUGCUAUUAUCUUUGAGGAUAUAUUAAAACAUGGGAUGAAGCAGGAUGUAAUUUUGAGUGGCACUGAAUUGUCGGACUGUAUUUUGUGUUGUUGUAUAGCUGACAUAAAUAUGGAUGGCGAAAAUGAGAUAUUGCUUGGUACUUAUAAUCAAGAAGUUUUGAUUUAUGCAUUAGUGAAUGAUACAUGGGAACUAACUGUUAGGAAGCUAUUUGAUGCUCCUGUACAUUCUAUAAGUUACAUGGAUAUAACAAAUGAUGGAUUGAAGGAACUGAUUGUACUCACACAACGUGGUGUACAUAUAUUGCAGCAUAACAUAGUGGAUAUACGAGCAAAAUGGAAAGAUCACUUUAAAAAAUUAUUUAAUGUAUUGUAAAAGGAAAACUACAAUAAUUCUAAGGUAAUUAUUUAUAUACAGAUUAACGCACAAGCAGUUUGGUUGAGAUGAAACUGUUAUUGUCAGAUUCAUACAAGGAGGAGAAAAAGUCUUAAAUAUGAUAUAUUUAAGACUUUUACAAUAUGCAAUCAUGUUUGUUGUAACAUCUAGGUUAAUGUCGCAUUUUUUGUAAAAUAUUUUUUAAUAAAACGCAAAUUAUUUUUUAA